CUCGUCCAACUUCGCACAGACAUAUCCCCCCUCCCCCUGAACAAAUACCUCCACAGAAUAUCGAGAUCAACCCCCCCCCCCCCCCCUCCGAUAUGUCCGGCCUGCGAAGAACGAGAGGAAUCAGUACAUCAUUUCGUAUUAUCAUGCCCGGCAUACGCAAGACACAGAGCAUCCUUGAAGGCCGAGCUGGGAAUGCGAGCGCAAAGCCUAAAAGGCCUCCUGAACGACGGGAAAAGCGUUAAGUCAGUUCUCAAGUACAUCGCUCGCACGAAAUGCCUGAAAAAUACCUUCGGUGCCCCCCAAAGAUGUAGAAGCGAACCCAACAGAUGCGAUAAGUGCUUAGCCAUCUACUUCCCCCAAUCGCCUUAA